AUGUCUACACCAAUGGGAUCCGGAAUUUAUGUGGAUCAAGAUGUAUCCGGUGUCUCUAUUGAUAUUACAAAAUAUCGAGGUAUGAUUGGCUCACUUUUAUAUUUGACGGUAAUCCGUCCUGACAUAAUGUUUAGUGUUUGUUUGUGUUUCCACUUUCAAGCAAACCCGAAGGAAUCUCAUCUCAUGGCAGUAAAAGGAAUCAUGAAAUAUCUGAAGGGAACAACAAAUGUCGGUCUAUGGUAUCCAAAAGGUAGUAUAUGUGAUUUACUUGGUUAUUCUGACGCGAAUUAUGUAGGUUACAAAACUGAUCGCAAAAGUAUAAGUGGAACAUGUCACAUCUUAGAAAACGCAUUACUAUCAUGGUCAUGCAAGAAACAAGCAUGUGUCGCACUUAGCACGGCUGAAGCAGAAUACAUUGCAGCAGGAAGUUGUUGCGCUCAAACCUUACGGUUAAAACAACAACUUAGUGACUACGGCGUAAAGCUUGAAUGCAUUCCUCUAAAGUGUGACAACACAAGUAACCGGUUACCUGAAUUGAAGUAA